UCCACGCAGUGCAGAGAUAUUAUUGUCGCCGGUCGGCAAACGUCUUCUCAGGUGAUGAUUUCCGUCCACGACUCGUAGCUGCAUCGCCUCCAGCCGUGGAAAUGAGCGGUUCUGUGCGAGUUGGGUCGGAGAUGGUUCUGAUAUUGUACAUUGCUGCCACCUUUCUCACACCUUAUGUGUGGGCCCAGGUCAGUGUGCAGAGUGUGGUGGUGGAGGCCAAGAACAUCACACUCCAAGCAGGAUCGAAGGCUUUUCUGCCAUGUCGCAACCAGCAUGUCGUCUGGAGGCAGGACCACCUCCGUGAUCGGCAACGUGUGGUGCAUUGGGACCGUCACCGGAAUCGGCCUGAUUAUAUGACGGAGCGAGUUCUAGACAUGUACUCAGGAGGAACCGAGCGCGUGUACAAUGCCUACAACAAGGGCCGCAUAACUGUCUCCAAAGACGCCUUCAGUGAUGGCAACUUCUCUCUCAUCAUCCAUAAUGUGGACAUGAAUGAUAAAGGUAUAUAUACCUGCAAUUUGCACCAUCAUUACUGCAAGGUUCAUCAGUCCAUCCAAAUCCAGUUGAAUGUCACUAAGUCAUCCAGCAAGGAGAAGCGUAUGUGGGACGGGGAGAAGUCUGUCAUCGUGGUUCUGGCAGGAAGCAGCGUGGUUUUGCCCUGUGUGAACCGUCGCCCUCUGUGGAGGGAUGGCCUUCAAGAGGAGGGCCAGCAGCAGGUCGUUCACUGGGACUAUCAGGCUCCAGGGGUGACCCGCGACCGUGCUGACCGCCUCAUUGACCUGUACGCUUCUGGGGAGAAGAGAAAAUUUGGGCCGCUUUUUCUCCUCCACAAGAUGAACGUCUUAGCUGAAGCCUUCUCCAUGGGGGAUUUCUCUCUCACUAUUACUGACAUACAGCCUGCUGAUAAAGGCCUGUACUCCUGCCACCUCCACCACCAUUACUGUGGCCUGCACGAGAGGCGCAUCUUCCGGGUGAUCGUGGACCCUCCUGUGCCAGAUCUGCCACCUGCAACCACACCUACUGAGCCACAGCCCACUCAUCCUACUCAUCCUCAAACCCCAAAACAACUCCCAGAAGACCAGGACGAUGACCCUGGUACAAAUAUGGUCGAGGCGCCCCACAUCUUAAACGUGAUCCUGCCGGAGAGCCGAACCCACCUCUUGCACCAGGCUGGCUACAUUCUGGCUUUCUUCCUGCUGCUACUGCUCAUACUCAUAGGAAUCAUCAUGACCACAAGGCAGUGCAAAAAGAAAGGGCUGGAGUCUGACAUUCGGAGGUCUGUAAGGAGUCAGAGAGCAGAAAUUGAGCUAGAGUUGCAACCGACUCAACUGAGACCCUACGUUCAGGAAGACCUUCGACUUGACUACAAGAACAACAUAAUGAAGGAGAGGGCUGAGAUGAACAACUAUCCUGCUCCAAGAAUGAUAGAUCUCAACAGAGAAAUGGAGAAGCUGUCGCGGAAGUGAGUGAGGGCGAGCUGCUGGCUGGUCCAGAGCGUGAUUUAUGGGAUUCAGGAGGACUGCAGAUGUUCACGUAGAAUCUUUACUGUAUAUUCAGAAAGGAAGAUGAGUGGCUGUCAUAACCCAAAUACUCAUCUACACACAUUUUUUUAUUUCUUUUUUAAUGUUUAUGCCUAUGCAGUGUUUCCUCUGGGGCUGUUUAUCCCUGAAGUAAACUUAGUUUAGUGUCUUUUGGUCAGCAGUUAAAGAGGCACUUUGGCCAAAAUGUAACCAGCACUCCAUCUAUUGUAAACGUGCUUACUACGUAUCCUACAGUGGUACCGCAUUAGUCUCUAGAAUGAGAUUUUUAGAUUAAAUUCUAAGAAAACUUUCUAAAGAUGUAUCUUGAACCUUUGAAAAGCUACAAGUGAUUUGUGUCAGAUGCAGGUUGCUGGUGAGCGCAGCAGGAAGCCAAACAGAUAACACUGGUGCCAGGGAGCAGAAUAAAUUAUAUAUUUUAAAUUUAAACAGUGGUGAAAAUAAAUACAUGGCAACAGAUUAUAGCAAUACAGAAAAACAGUGAUUACUAAAAUCAAUAUGUUAGCUGGUAUAUUUGUUUUGACGUUAGAUGGCAACCGGUUCCUAAUAGAGAUUUAUUGAAUUAUACCAGAUAUUUACUGAAUGCAUUUACUGAAACCAAAUAAACUGAGUGCAUUCAACCCAAAAUAUCUCAGGAAAUGAAAAGAUAUUUAUGAUUCCAGGACCAUGAACCUCAACAACCUGCAGUUAUAUGUAGUUAUGUAAGUGGUAUGAACUACUCAUAUGUCACCUUUGUAUAUGUACAUAAAUAUUAUGUGUAUUUUGGUACUCUGUCUCUCUGUAAUCGGUUUUUACACUUUAUGCUGUACGCGCACAGCUUCGUGCAGUCUUGACAUGUCAGGUAGAAACUGCUUCUUGCUUCAUUUGUAACUAAUACCUCCCUUCUCGUUAGUGCUCAAGCAUUUUAUGCAGUAGUACUAUUAGGCAUAGAAACAUACAUGACUAAGACUAAGAGUCCAAUGAUAAUGUUUAUCUAGUUUUGCAUUUAUUUCCUUCUAUUACUUAUUUUAUCUUAGUAUGACCAAGUUUUCCAAAAAUUAUGAUCUCAUGCAGUGCUGAUCUUUAAGGCGAAUGUAAUUUAACAUGAAGGUGACUGUGAGGGUUUUGGGAAACGAUGCAAUGACUAUAAUCACAUCUUAGGUACGGUUUUAUUUGAUCAGCAAUGCUUUUAGGACACUGGCUUUGCAAUAUGUUUAUGUGGAGAGGCAGAGGAGGUUGUGCUGAGUUAAAAGGCAUUGAACAAAAUGUGGCAAGCAUUCAAAUUGAAUAAACUGUAUUUUUAAAUAAUCCGCU